AUGAAAUUGGGUUUGGAGAUAACGCGUUUAAUGAUCGAUAGUCGUCAUGGAGAUUCAAAGUAUAUCGAACAGAUGCUUCAAAGAGCUCCUAAAAUCAUUGAGACUAGUUCUCUGCUCUCCAUGCAUACGUUCCUCGUGCAUCAACAGUGUUUUUUGAAAUUCUCUUGUACAAGCAUUGUCUUACUUGAAGAUUGGACAAUUAAAAUUGUUCCAAGAUUAAGCAUUAAUGAAAAGAUAUUGGAUAGUAUGUUUUUGAAAAAUGCAAUACAGUCUUAUUUGCAUUUUUCGCAACUGAGCUCCCAGACGACAUGUAGUGAAGAACAGCUGUCAAAUGAUACAGUUUGCAAAUAUAGGAUUCCUAUGGAUGAUGUCUGUCUGUGUGUUCAGUUAAGGAGUUUUGAAAUUCAUGGAUUUCCUCUUGGACGACUUAAUUCACUGUCUUGUGUUUACGUAAUAGUCAAAUGGAAAAAAUACAAUGCUUCUCCGCAUUUAUGGUCAUCGAAAUUCGCUAGGUCACUUUCUGAGGAGUGGUUGCUACUUUCAUCGAUAUUGUUUGGUGAGAAACAUUUUACUGCAUCAUCAUCUGGAAUCCCAGUUUUUUACAUAUCAUUUGAAUAUCAGCGAAACAGUGAGAUGGAUGGAAUAGAAUUUGAAAGCGUUAGGAAAAGCAAUGCAUCUGUAUACAACACUUAUAACCUUAAAACGGCAUUUUAUGAACAGCUAUUAAUUAAAGACAGUUGUGCUUGCAAGUCAACUCAUUUACAUUCUGGGCCACGAAUUUGUCGGUUUUUCAAUUUCCGAAAUGAUGUAAGAGCUACGGAUGAAAAGAUGCUGCUGGGAAAUGAACAGAGUGUUAAAUUACCUACUGUUGAGAAUCUACUGUCAGCAUCAGAAUCUUCAAUAGAGACUGGAUCUCCACUGCAAGCAGUUCCGCCAUCGCCUGCCUCACGCCGAGAAACCCUGCCACGCCGAAGUCUUAUUUCCGCAUUUCGUUUUAUGUCAAAUGCAUCCAAAGCCUUCUCCAAAUCUACUGGUCUGCCCCUAAAUUCUAGUCCUGCGCCGUUCAACCGCAGCGAAACGAAAUUUGUUAGAGAUUUGCCAGUAAAAAGUACACGAAAUAAAAUCAUCGAGAAAACAGCUAGAGAAGAAACGACCGCUCAUAUUUUGCGAAAUGCGUCGAUGGAUGAAAAAGACAGUAAUCCAAGUUAUUAUGGAAGUGGAUGUACUAGGAGAAGUACAUCUUCAAACAGUGGUUUGUUGUGCAACUUUGAAGAAAGUGCACUGAACGGCCGUUUAGAUCCGGUCACGUCUUUAGGUGGUUUUCACCUGCAAAUUGCAGCAAGCGACGAAGCUUGUUCUCCCCAUCUUACAUUGCCAGUUACAACUUUCUUUUUCAACAUGCCUGAAGAUGAAGCACCUUUACCUUACAUGGGUUUUUGUUCAUUGGAAAACAUGCGCAAGGGUUAUAGAAUUCCCAGGAAGGGCAUUUUACAGGCGGUGUUGUUUAAUCCACAAGGCACUGUGGUACGAAUGUUUGUAGUCAAAUUUGACGUUAGUGACAUGCCGCCUUCUUCACAAACCUUCUUACGACAACGUACAUUUUUUAUGCCAGUAGGAUGCACGUGCGAUGAUGUGCUUCGCUCUUGGCUUAAAUAUCUGAUCCAUAUAAGCUUGGCAACAGAUCGUCGUGGCAGAUUGUAUGUUCACACCGACAUAAAGAUGUUAUUUUCACAAAAAAAUGAACUGGAAACGUUGAAUUUUGAACUGGGGAAAGAUAUGAUUAAAUACCAACUCCAGUCUUUCACAGAAAUGCCUCGAAAUCCAAAAUAUUCACCUCGCAAGUGA